AGCUCGCUGCACGGCCGCUCCAGCGGGCGCGCCGGGGAUGCCGGCCGGGGCAGCCUAGGCCGAGGCCCCCCCCCCGCGCGGCGAGCCGAUGGGCGCUGCAGGGUGCAAGUGCGAUGAGUCCAUCGUGAGCCACGUAGUGGAGCAUGCGACCUCCCACAAGGAAGUUGCUGCCACCGCUGCUGCCCCCGCGGAGGAGGCCGAGACGCCAAAGCCCGACCAGUUCGCGGGCAUCUGGCUCACCGGCAAGGGGAACUCGCACCUCAUCGGCCUAGACGCCAUCCAGUGGAGCGACGGCGUGGUGACCAACGUUCUGAAGAAAAAGGUCAAGGGCGUGAUGACGCUGGUGACCAGGAGAGAGCAGACGACGUACUACGCCGGUCUGACACCCGAUGGCAAGCUGCAGUGGAGCGACGGCGACUUGUGGGUGCGCUCGCAGGACACGCCCAUGACUGGGAGCUAUCGCGGCGCUGGCCACGCCUACGAGUACCUGGAGAGUGCGAUACAAGGAGUACCUGGGGUCAGCUUGAUCCCUGGUCUCAUAGAUCAGGACUCCGCAUGUGCGGAGCGGAGCAGGGUCCCCUUGAAGAACUCGCCGUUCUACGCGGAUGCUGACCGACGACGCUCUGAACGCGCAGCACCUGUCCGUGGCGCAGAGUCCAAUUCUACCUCAGAGUCCAGCCCUCCGUGGCGCCGGGCGCAGUCCGCGCCCGCAGCGACGGAGGCAAGCCCCAGCGGCUCCGAGGUCCGAUCAAGUGAUGGGCGCAGCAUAGCUCCGCGGCCGAAGAGAAAGGCUGAGCCUCGCGGGCACUGAAUGCUGCCCCUCGCAAUGAGGUGGAUGGAGAAGAGCAACGUCAGAUACAAGGG